AUGUCUGAUAUUCAAUUGGAAAUACUUCAAAAAGUCGACAAGUUGGGACAAAUCGAUUCUACAUCUGAGGUUUACCCAGAUAUCGAUUCCCAGACUAUGGCUUCUUACUUGAACUCAUUGAAGUCUCAUGAUAAAAUCGAUUUUUCGAAGCAGGACACCAUCUUUUACACUUUGACGAAAGAAGCAGAAGAUAUUGUUGCAAAUGGUUCUCACGAGGUGAAACUUUUGCAAUUGAUUGAUAAGUUUGGUCAACUUAAGAUUAAGGAUGUUUCCACGCAUAUGGGUGCCGAUGGGAAGGUUGGCCAAGCCAGAGCCUUUAAGAACGGAUGGAUUGUCAAGACACCAGAAAACGAACUAAAGGUCAGCGACAAGGUCAGCGACGUCGCUCAAGUCAAGGACCAAACCAAGGAACAACUAGAGAAGAUCAAGAAGAACGAUCUAGCCGGAAUUAGCGAUAAGGAUAUCAAUGACUUGAAGAAGAGAAAAUUGAUUACCCCAAGAAAGGAAACCACUUUCAAAGUUGUCAAAGGUAAGGACUUCUCCACUGAGUUGGCCAAGUUGGAAACCGAUAUCACUUCCGAAAUGGUUGCUACUGGUUCCUACAAGGACUUGAAGUUUAAGGAAUUUAACUUCAACUCCCAAGGUAUCGACCCUCAAUCUGGUGCUCUACAUCCAUUGAACAAGGUCAGAGAGGAAUUCAGACAAAUCUUUUUCUCUAUGGGUUUCACUGAAAUGCCAUCCAACCAAUACGUUGAAACUGGUUUCUGGAACUUCGACACUUUGUUCGUGCCACAACAACAUCCUGCUCGUGAUUUACAAGACACAUUUUAUUUAAAGGAUCCUAUCAAGAGUGGAAUGCCAGACGACAGAGAAUACAUUAAUAACAUCAAGGCUGUUCACGAAACUGGUAAAUUCGAUUCUAUUGGUUACCGUUACAACUGGAAAGAAGAAGAGUGUCAAAAACUUGUUUUGAGAACACAUACCACUGCCAUCUCUGCUGCUAUGCUCCAUAAGUUAGCCAAGGAUCCAAAACCAACCAGAUUAUUUUCGAUAGAUCGUGUUUUCCGUAACGAAGCGGUUGAUGCUACACAUUUGGCCGAAUUCCAUCAAGUUGAAGGUGUUUUGGCCGAUUACAAUAUAACACUAGGUGACUUAAUUCAAUUCAUGGAAGAUUUCUUCGCCAAGAUGGGUGUUACUGGUUUACGUUUCAAGCCUACUUACAACCCUUACACUGAACCAUCCUUGGAAAUUUACUCAUGGCAUGAAGGUUUAGGAAAAUGGGUCGAAAUCGGUAACUCCGGUAUGUUCAGACCAGAAAUGUUGGAAUCCAUGGGCCUACCAAAGGAUAUGAGAGUUUUGGGUUGGGGUUUGUCUUUAGAAAGACCUACAAUGAUUAAGUACAAGGUUCAAAAUAUUAGAGAACUUUUGGGUCACAAGGUCUCCCUAGAUUUCAUCGAAUCCAACCCAGCUGCUAGAUUGGAUGAAGAUUUGUACGAAUAA